AUGGUGGAGAAUUUUCUCAAGAAAAAUAUCUUCACACGAUAUGGAACGCCCAGUGCCUUAAUUAGUGAUGAAGGCUCAAAUUUCAUCAACCACAUCAUCACCAACCUGUUGACCAAAUUUAAUGUCAGCCAUAGAGUUUCAACCGCAUAUCAGCUACAAACCAAUGGGCAGGCAGAAAUUUCUAACAAAGAGAUCAAGACUAUCUUGGAGAAGGUAGUCAGUGCCUCUAGGAAGGAUUGUUCACCUAAGCUUGACGAAGCAUUAUGGGCAUACAUGACUGCCUUCAAAACUCCAAUUGACAUGUCCUCAUAUGCUCUGGUCUUCGGAAAAGUUUGUCAUCUGCCUCUCGAGUUUGAACACAAAGCAAUGUGGGCAAGUAAAAAGCUAAACUUUGAUCUGUCAAGCGUGGGGGAAGUCCGAAAGUUGCAGUUGAAUGAGCUAGUCGAGUGGCGAAUGAAUACCUACAAAAAUGCCAAGCUUUAUAAAGAGCGAACCAAGAAGUGGCAUGCCGACUGCAUAAACAAAUGA